AUGUAUCGGUAUUCCACUAUCAGUCCCCCUGAAAAUUGCUUCCGUUUGCCUACUAAAUUGUCCUGGUUGAACAGUCACACCCUGACGAGCAUUCCCGGUGCUGUGAUGAAUGCAGUGCUUCUUCCUGGAAAACUUAAUGUGUGUCAUGGAAACGCCCAAAGUAUUUGUGCAAGACGAUCAGCUAAACUUGACGAAGUGAAAAAUCUGCUACAAGGAUCUAAGCAUGAUCUGAUUUUUGGCUCCCUGGAUUUUGACACUUCGCCUGAAACGACGACUCAGACAUACCGUGAUUACGUUAAUUUCGACGCAUUGACCCUGCAAAACGCCGUACUUUCCGUUGUCUGGGAUGAAAUGUACUCCAUAAACGAUCCAAACAUAUUACUUGAUACCUUCAAUAGUCAUCUCAGACGUAUUCAUGAUCAGUGCAUACCACUCCGAACAAGAUGUAAACGUCAGCGAACCAACCAGUGGUUUGACCAUGAUAUAAGAAAGUCAAUACUGGAGCGUGAUCUGGCUUACAACGAUUGGUUGAAUGCUCCGGCGGAUUCGAAGACGCUAGCUAAACAGCGAUAUAAAGCAUUCAGGAACCGUACCAACGCUUUAAUCAAGGAUGCCAAAGCACGUUUCUUGCACGACCACCUGGACGAUAGAAUACUGCCUAAUGUUCUCUGGAAGCGAAUUCAGCAACUUGGUGUAGGCAAAGAGCAGGUGCCAGUUGACUGUGAUUUUGAUCCCAAUGAAAUUAACCGGAUAUUUCUUGCCAGCUACACGGAUAACUCGCCUCGGCGACCACGCUAUUUUGAAAACGCUUCCUCUCACAGUUUUUCGUUCCGGACAUUCGAAGAUUUGGAAAUUGUCAACGCAAUAUGGGACAUUAAGUCAAAUGCAACAGGUAUCGAUGGAUUGCCCACAAGUUUCAUUAAAAUCGUUCUUCCUUUGCUCUUGCAACAAUUCACCUAUAUUUUUAAUGCUAUCAUUGAGUCUGCAACUUUUCCUGAAGUCUGGAAGCAAGCAAAGAUACUUCCACUUCGGAAAAAGCCUCAUGUUCAUGCUUUAACGAAUCUGAGACCGAUAAGUAUUUUGUGCGCGAUGUCUAGAGUUUUUGAAAAACUAUUGAAGAAGCAAAUGACAACGUUUAUUACUGCGAAUCGUUUACUGUCGGAUUGUCAAGCUGGCUUUCGUAAAGGUCACAGCAUCAAGACAGCGACCCUACGUGUAUAUGAUGAUUUAGCAGCAGCAAUCGACAAAAAGGGAACCGCCAUACUGCUUCUUCUAGAUUUCUCCAAGGCUUUCGAUACGAUUUCGCACCAUAAGCUAUGCUCAAAACUGGUAACUAACUUUAACUUCUCGCCUAGUGCAGUUAAUCUCGUAGAGUCGUAUCUCCUAGGAAGGACGCAAACAGUUUUCUGCGGUGAACAUUGCUUUGAAAUUGGAGAGGUAACUUCUGGCGUGCCACAGGGUUCCGUGAUUGGUCCUUUGUUAUUUUGCUGCUAUAUCAACGAUCUCCCAACGGUGCUAAGAUGGUGCUCGGUGCAAAUCUACGCAGAUGAUGUGCAACUAUGCAUUAGGCGUUUUGGACCUUCUGCUCACGAGUUAGUAAGAAUGGUGAAUGAAGAUCUGACACGAGUUGCCGAAUGGUCUGACCGUAAUGAACUUCACAUAAACCAAACAAAGAGUGAGGCAAUAUUUGUUAAAGGCUGCCGACGUAACACGGUUUCUAGUAGUUCGCUGCCUGCUAUCGUCAUGAAGGGACAAACUAUCGAAUGGGUUGAAAAAGCUGUGAACCUUGUUACGUGUUUCAAGCUGAUUUAG